CCCGCUAUUCCCUCCCCAUUCAAGGUGCAGCAGAGGAACAGGUGCGUGAAGAAUCUCCCAGAGACUUUAUAAAUUGAAAUAUCACUGCUGUCAGUUUACUUACUUUCAAAAAGAUAAGGAAUACGAACAUAGAUAAUAACAAGAGGAACUAACUUUUUCUGCAACACAGCAAACCUAGCUAAACGUCGUGAGAUUGUGAGGAGUGGGGGAUUUGUACCUUCACAGCAGGUGGACGUCGUCUUUGUUGUUUCCGCCGUCAAGUCGAAGAAGAAGUGGAAAAAUGGCCAACAAAGGUCUGCAGAUUUUGGGAUUCGCCCUGGCCCUUAUUGGCUUAAUUGGAUUGAUAAUUGGCACAAUUUUGCCCCAGUGGAAGAUGUCCGCUUAUGUUGGGGACAAUAUCAUCACGGCGAUAGCCAUGUACGAAGGACUCUGGAUGUCCUGUGCCUUCCAGAGCACAGGCCAAAUCCAGUGCAAGGUCUACGACUCUAUCCUGCAGCUCAACAGUGCCCUCCAGGCAACCCGUGCCCUCAUGAUUGUGUGCAUUAUCGUAACGGUGGCUGGUCUGGGUAUUGCCUGCAUGGGAAUGAAGUGCACCAACUGCGGAGGAGAUGACAAAACACGCAAGUCCCGCAUCGCCAUGGCUGGUGGCGUUGUCAUUUUGAUUGGAUCUUUGUGUGGCAUUGUUGCCUGUUCUUGGUACGCUCACGACAUCAUCCAAGCCUUCUACAACCCUUUCACCCCCGUCAAUACCAAAUACGAGUUUGGUUCCGCCAUCUUCAUUGCCUGGGCUGGAGCAUUCCUGGCUGUAGUUGGAGGCGCCAUGUUGGCAGCGUCCUGCCCAAGACAAAAAUCUACACCGAAAUAUCCCAUCUCCAGACCCCCCAGCAGCAGCAAGGAAUACGUUUGAACUGGACAAAACUCAGUGUUAGAGCCUGAAGAAACACUUUGACAUUCAUACUAGUCCAAUUCAGAGAUUAAAGGCGGCGAUCAGUUUGUUUUUUAUUUUAUAUUUUUUCUUCAGGACUACCCUGUGAUGUUACUGUAAUUUAACUCAAGUUUUAAAUAAUGGCUGUUAACUUCUUAAAGAGCUUAUUGCCCUGUCUGACUACAGUAAGUGCUUUCUAAUUUCAUAUAGUAUAAAUUUAGAUAACUCCUGUAAAGCACAUAAGGUAAAUUUUAGGUGAAACACCCAUGAUAUAAUACAAUUUGGUAUGUAGAAAUAUCUUUCACAUGCCACAAUAUACAGUGCAUUAGAAUGUGAUUGGGGGGGAAAUGGCUUGAAUGCGCUGAAUAGAUGUGGCAAUGGUCAACUCGUACACCUUUUUUAUGACUGCAUUGUAGUUAAAUAUCUGGCACUGAGAAGCAAUUUGCUAUCAUUAUUUCCAUGUAUAUGUGCCUUAUUUAUAUUAAAACUACAAAUCAUUCAGUACCACUUUUUGUUUUGAUCAAGUGCCAGAGAGAAAUUAGAACUAAUAUAAAUUGCAGUACAUUGAUUCCUUCAACUCAUUGCCAAUAUUCUGAUGCCUGAUGUUGUGAGUGAACGAUUUGUUGACUUGAAUGGACUUGGCUUAUUGAUACUGUUGAGUCACUUGCUGCACUCAUCAAAUUCAGUUUUUUUUUUUAUUGUUAUUUGCAGAAAGUUUGUGUUGUACAUAAAAUAAAAGUGGAAAAUUUAAA